CAGUGUCCUGCGGGGAUAACUAAACCUAUCGUGCUCCACUCCUCGUAUAAAAGCCCCGAAAUCUCAGAGAUCCCCGGCGGCGAUCGACGAGCUCUUUCUUUCUCUGGUGAAGAAGAAGGAGAAGAAUGCGGGUUUCUUCAUGGCCAUCAACAGUGGAGGUAAAUGCUGUGAAAGAGAGGGUAGUCCAAAUGAGUGGAGGAAACAUUGGCGAUGUGAGGAUUGUUGUCUCUCCAUACAGAAUUUGCCCACUGGGAGCCCACAUUGAUCACCAGGGUGGGAUUGUUUCAGCUAUGACUAUCAACAAGGGGAUAAUUCUUGGCUUUAUUCCUUCUGAUGAUGGUCAGAUUAUUUUGCAGUCUGGUCAGUUUGAUGGAGAUGUGAGAUUCAAAGUUGAUGUUUCACAACUACCAAGGAGUUCAACAGCUGCCCAAGAGAAUGGUGCAUCUAAAAGUUGCAACAAAGAGUUGGAUUGGGGGUGUUAUGCUAGAGGUGCUGUUUAUGCAUUGCAAAGGAGAGGGUUUCACCUAGACAAGGGUAUUAUUGGGUUCAUUUGUGGCUCAGAUGGGCUUGAUAGUUCUGGGCUUAGCUCUUCUGCAGCUGUUGGGGUUGCUUACCUUUUGGCUUUAGAAAAUGCAAACAGUCUAAUUGUAUCCCAAACAGAUAAUAUUGAGCUGGACAGACUGAUUGAAAACGAAUACUUGGGUCUGAGAAAUGGUAUUCUUGAUCAGUCAGCGGUACUGCUUUCUAAAUACGGUUGUCUCAUGCGCAUGAACUGCAAGACGAAGGAACACAACCUUGUGCGCCUUUUCGAGAUGGAAGGAAACCAACGAUUAAAUGGUCACGGAGCCUACAAGAUUUUAUUGGCAUUUUCAGGGUUGAAGCAUGCUUUAGCAAAUAACCCUGGAUAUAAUUCUCGAGUUUCUGAAUGCCAAGAGGCCGCUCGACUUCUUUUAUGUGCUUCAGGUGAUGAGGAUGUUGAACCUCUUCUUUGCAAUGUUGAUCCAAGCACAUAUGAAGCUCAUAAGGGUGGAUUAGAGCCAAAUCUAGCAAAAAGAGCAAAGCAUUACUUCACAGAAAAUUUUCGGGUUAAGGAAGGACUAAAAGCAUGGGCAUCUGGGGAACUUGAAACUUUUGGAAAGCUCAUAUCUGCUUCCGGCCUCAGUUCCAUAGAGAAUUAUGAAUGUGGCUGUGAGCCAAUGAUACAACUGUACCAAAUCCUCGUAAGGGCUCCCGGAGUUUAUGGAGCACGCUUCAGUGGAGCUGGAUUUAGAGGCUGCUGCCUAGCAUUGGUGGAUGCUGAUCGUGCCGAGGAAGCAGCAUCUUUUGUGAAACUUGAAUACCCAAAAGUUCAGCCCAAGCUAGCGAACCAGCUUAAACAAGACAAGAUUGUAUUGAUUUGUGAAGCUGGAGAUUGUGCCCAGAUAUUGUGAUUCCUCUCAAAGCCCUUCAUUUGAGGAAGGAAGCCUCAUGAUUUAGUGCAUUUUGUAAUCUCAAUUCCUUAUUAUUAUUAUUUUUUAUUAUUAUUUUCUGAUCAAAUAAAUCCACCAUUAUCAAGGUCAAAUUAGGUCACAUUGUAUUUUAUUCCUGUGCUUGAUACUCAAGCAAAUAGGAUUCAGUUGUUGCUGCAUUCUUUAAGCAAAAACUUUUUGUCAUAUGAUCAAAUAAAUCAAAUCAUGUAUGUUUAUAUGAUUCA